UUUGGAUAGUGGUGACCUUCUCCUGAAACCCCCCAAAAAGUCACCUUCUCCCGCCUCCCACUCAUUCUCGUGAUACCAUCAUUCCAUUGGCAUCCAUUUGUUAGUGGUCGGGAGCCGAUCUACAGCGCAACUUGACUCGUCUUUAAGGGUGCACAGGCCCGCAAUUGGUUGACCGCUUGAGCGCUUCUUUCCCCCAAAUCCAUCCCUCCUUCUCAAUCCAAUCCAUCUCCGCAUCCCCUCUCCCUCACGUACCAUCGUGAUAAAGUCAAAACAGAGUAAGGAGACGGAUUAACCUUUCCGCUCGACUUCAAAACCACCUCGUGGCCCAAGGGACAGCUCCUGACAACUCCAACAAACCUAGGGCUCCUGCGGGGGAUGUGCUCCAUUGAUCGGUCAUAUUUUAUCUGAACUAGAUCCUCAUCAUGCCUAUCAAGGUCAAAUCCAAGAAGCUUCCUGCCCCUCGCGAGGGUAGUCCUAUCUCCAUCCGCCAUCUGGACGAAUACGAGCGCGAUCUUCCCAGCAUUGGCGCUCACGAUAACUUCAGAGAUGUCGUCAAGAAGCUCUCACUAUACUUUGUCGAUGUCAUUGAACUGCCGAGCACGUUUGAACAGCUGAGAACCACAGCUGCGGGGGCUCCUCUACGCAUCUUGGUGGAUCACCUCGCUGCAACCUGCACCAACCCGGCAAUCGUCAAUGCUCUUCUAGCUCUCAAAUGGCAUUAUGCAUCUUCGUCAGAACACCGCACUCUUGGAGAAUCUCGGGCAGAUGCAUGUGAAAUCGUUGCUUGGCGAUUCCUGACUAGGCUUUCUGAACGCGAGGCAGUCAAUUACUGCCUCUACGAGAUCCCCGAUGUGGACAAUGACGAUGAAGCUCAAGCUCAGGCUCAAGCGGCUGGUAAUGGUCACACGGGCGACGAGGAAGCCGGCGAAACCGCCCCUCUGCUUUCUCAUCUCCGCUCCAUUGACAAUCGCCGACGUGGACCAGGCCCUGCCGGUAGCAGCUUGAAACGUAACCAACUACUAAGUUCUCUCUCCCGCUUGACUAUGACCUCGGAUGAUGAUGACAGUGAGAGCGAGGGUGAUCCCACUUCAUCAUUUAAGAACCUGAAUGCUCUCGAGAUUGCUGCCAUUGCCGAUGCCAAACGCUUCCUCAGCCAGCACAUUGUCCAAAAGAUCAUCACUGCUAUUUGGAGUGGUGACAUAGUCUUUUGGGAUAGCUUGUCUGUGCACUCUACAAAGAAGGUUCGGUUCUAUAACCCUAGGACUGCAGAUCCCUUUUCUCGCCUGCGCGUCCCCAAGUAUCUCAAGAGCUGGGAGGUGCUGUUCUUCUGCAUUUUCCUCGCCCUGUACUACGCUGUGCUCAUUGUGCGAGACGAGUCACGUAUUACAAUCCCUGAAGUGAUACUUUUCUUGUGGAUCGCGGCUUUCUUCUACGAUGAGCUUAGUGAGUGGCUUGAUGCAGGCUCUAUCUUUUAUGCCACCGACAUAUGGAACCUAUUCGACAUGAUCAUGAUCGCCAUCGGGUUUACCUUUGCAAUUCUGCGUAUUAUUGGCAUUGUUCAGAACAAACCCGAGCUGAACGACCUUGCAUUUGAUAUCUUGGCACUUGAGGCACUCUUCAUGAUCCCCCGUAUCUUCUCGAUUCUCAGUCUCAGCCCUGCCUGGGGUACUCUUAUUCCAUGCUUGAAAGAGAUGGGCAAGGAUUUCUUCAAAUACAUGGUACUUGUUGUUGUCGUGUAUUGUGGUUUCUUGACUACAUUUUCACUCGUGGGUCGUAAUGUCUUUGCAUUCAAGUCCAUGGCCUGGAUCUUGACAAAGAUCUUUUACGGCUCGGCGCCCAUCGGAUUCGAGAUAAUGAACCAGAUUGAUCCCUUCUUUGGACCUCCUCUGAUGAUCAUCUUCAUUACACUUUCUAGCUUCCUGUUGAUGGGCUCCCUGACAGGUAUGCUGUCCAACAGCUUCUCGCGGGUUAUCACCCACGCUAAGGAGGAGUACCUGUAUGUGUACAGCGUCUACGUCUUGGAAGCGUCGACUAGUAACCGACUCACCCAUUUCUACCCUCCUUUCAAUCUGCUGGCCCUGGUACUCUUCCGACCUUGGCGUCUAUUCUUUACGGCCGAUGAGAAGUUCCGUGCUGGGCGUAUCAUGCUCCUCAAGGCGACUCAUUGGCCCAUUGUUGGCAUCAUCAAGCUGUACGAGAUGUAUCGAAAGCCAGGAGCCGUGGAAGAUGAAUUUGCUGGAUUCAAGGGCCCAUCGCGCUCUUCUCGACGCAACGGUAGGCACGCAAUUGCUCAGAAGCGAUCUGAGUCCAAUAUCGGUGGCCAGACGCUUUCUCCUAGGGGACGAGCGAAUGGUAGGAGCAUCGAGGUCCGCGAGGACGAUGUGGAUGCGCCAACAGCGAUGGAGGUGCAGCUCACCGAGCUAAACCGGAAGAUCGACCAACUCACUGCAGUUAUAACGACUAUGCAGGAGAAGCAAGCAAGUGGAAACGGCAGUGGAAGCUCAAGUACAGGUACCACUCCCGCCUAGCUACGGGUUUUUGGUGAUCGGGCCGGUCCUCGACAGCUUUGGAACAUUGGAAUAUCUGGAUUCGGGUUCUUCUCUGAUCGGGUCUCAUCGGUCGAGGUCAAGAGUGGGUAUUCCAACAGAGGGGCCGGCAGCGAAGGGUUCCAGAAGAACUGGCAUGAUGUUGGGAGUAGCAGUGGGGAGACGGAGAGAAGCGGCUCUGGACAUGUGCUGUGCCUGUGGAUCAGGCCGUCUAUGGGAUAGGAUACGAGUCGGCAACGACCCCACAACCUGGAGCCCUCGAAGAAGCUUGUAUUGGAUUCGUCAAGUUUGCAUUGUUUAUGAGAUUAUCAGGAGUUAUGAGUAGCAUUAGAUCGAGAAUUCUUACAUUCCCUAUGAAUAGAAUGUUUUUACGAUUGGCAAUGGAUGGAACUAUGUAAAUAUCGAGAAUGAUAUGCAUGAUUACCCUAC